AGUUCUUUCCUUCCGUCUCCACGUUCCUUUGUCUCUUUCUCUGCGGGUGUGUUUGCCAACGUGUCCUUUCUGCUGUUUGGCGAGGCGUCCGAUGAGUGUCAGCUUAUCAGGCAACUGCCUGGCACCUUCAAGCAGUUUACCAUCCAUCCGAUCGCUGGUUGUGGCAUCCGAGGACCAGGUCGCCACCGCGCUUAAGAAUUUGCAGGCGUUGUACUGCCCUGUACGCUUGCCGACUAUCAUAUCAGACUCAACUUCUAAGCGAGAACAAACUUCCAUUGUAUCCCCACCGGAGCCGGUUGAUUCUGGUUACGCAUCGCAGGACGAAGAUGACGACGACGAGUCUGAUGCCGAGGAGGUGACAGCAGCCCUACGCACGGAUCCUUUUGAACGGACAUUUGCCACCAAAUGGCUCACCUCGCUGAUUGCAUGUGCUGAGGAGUUGGAAUUUGACGAGUCUGUCCGGGAAAAGAUUGUUGAUGACGCAGGCUUUAUUCUGUCAAAGUUGUUCGACUCCCCCGAUGAUGAGGAAGAAGAGGCAAUCACACGAGAUUUCUCUUUUCCUACUUCAUCUGGACACGCUGUUGAAGUCACACUCAACGAUGCGCCACUAUCUUCGACAGAUCAUACGGCCGUCGGACUUCAGUCGUGGGGUGCUAGUAUCGUACUGAGCAGUAUGAUGUGUGCGGAUCCGGACCUAUUCGGUUUCGAUCAAACUCGACUUCAUGAGCAAGCAAGCAUCACAGAACUUGGUGCCGGUACUGGACUUGUAAGCUUGGUGCUGGCGAAACUACUUCCUGAGAUUGGUAUCCAAAGCAUGAGCAUCUCUGCAACGGAUUAUCACCCUGCAGUCCUGGACAACUGCAAAGCGAAUAUUGACACCAACUUCCCACCUAACUCGUACAGCUCACCGCCUGUAGAAACUGCGAUAUUAGACUGGGCGGAACCCCCUGCCCAUUUGAAAUCGUCCUCUGAUCUCCUUAUCGCAUCCGACGUUGUUUACGCCCCUGAACACGCCAACUGGCUACGCGACUGCGCGGCCCAUCUCCUCUCCCCGACUGGUACUUUCUGGCUCAUGGUUACUAUGCGCAAGACGGGGAAGUUUGAGGGUAUACCGGAUACAGUGGAAGCUGUAUUCGCUGAUGAGUCAUGUCCGAAGAAUGAGUAUGGCGCAACAUUCAAGAUCCUGGAGAGAGAAUUUGUGGAAAAGAGGAAGGGCAUUGGACGGGGUGACGAAAGUGGAUACAACCUUUAUAGAAUAGGAUGGGCAUAGACGUAGAUGUAAUGUAGUGGACGUUUUAGAUUCGGCCCAUAGAAGGCCUGGAGCGGAUACACGAAGAUGAUGAUUAGAAGAUACAAUAGACUUUAGACCUUUGCAAA